AAGAUGGCGGCCAAGAUGGCGAAAUUUUUGUGGUCUACGAGUCUUCGCUCGCACAGACCAUUCCUUGGCUUUUUAUUCAAGAAAUGUCACUCAAAUGCAACAAGACAGUUUCCUGCUAUCUUAUCGAGUGCUCAUUUAUCAAGUUUAUCAACCAAGCCUGUCAGCAAGAAUCAAGAUUCUGAACCAGAAAUACAGAACCCUCCAGCUACAAAUAAUCUAGAUCUACAAAAUAAUGAUGAAAAUCCAAUGACUUUGAAGUCAAGGCUAAUGAGGAUUGUUACCGAGGAAGAUGACACAUUUCAAAUGCCGACAGCUGCUGAUAUUAACCAGUCACAGUCAGCCUUUGAUGAUCAGCUAGCCAGUAAAUUUGUGAACUGCAUGAUGUGGGAUGGUAAGAAAUCAACUUCACAGAGAAUCUUUGACCAGGCAUUGGAAAUAAUAAAGAGAAAUCAACUUCGGGUCCAGAGAAAAUCCAGUGACCCAGAUUCAGUGGUAACUGAUCCAGUGGCUGUUUUUCAUCAGGCAAUUGAAAAUGUCAAGCCUAUUGUUGGAUGUAUUCCACUAAGAAGAGCUGGGAAAGUACAUCAGGUUCCUUCACCCCUUAGACCAGUGCGUCGACAGUUCUUUGCAAUACAAUGGAUAAUAGAUGCUGCAAGAAAGAAAACAGGGUCAAAAAAUGACCGUAUGUCAGAAAAACUGGCCAAGGAACUUUUAGAUGCAUACAAUAACGAGGGUGCUGCAAUUAGAAAAAAACAAGAUUUACACAAGACCGCUGAUGCUAACAGAGCUUUUGCUCAUUAUCGUUGGUGGUGAUGGAUGAAGAGCUCAUGAAAUAUCACCUUUAUCAUUAAGACAGUUGUUCUGAUUGAUAAGCGGUUGAAUCCACUCCCCACCCCUCCCC